CUUUGCUGCUGCCCAGCAAGCAAUGUAACACACACACAUACAUACACACAUUAGCAUCAGCGAGAGACCUCCGGGCACGAUCCAGAGCAUGGCUUCUCUUCUCCUUCUCUGUCUGCUGCCUGCAGUUGCUGCUGUGGAAGAGACCCUGUUGGACACUCGGAUAGCUACAGCUGAAUUGGGAUGGACAGCAUAUCCUUCAUCUGGGUGGGAAGAGGUAAGCGGCUAUGAUGAGAAUCUCAACACCAUCCGUACUUACCAGGUGUGCAACGUCUUCGAGUCCAACCAGAACAACUGGCUGUGGACCACCUUCGUUAACCGACGUGGGGCCCAACGCAUUUACGUGGAGAUGAGGUUUACGGUACGAGACUGCAGCAGCAUCCCGAAUGUCCCAGGCUCCUGUAAAGAAACAUUCAAUCUGUAUUACUAUGAAACUGACUCUGGACUGACCAUCAAAGGUGCUGCACUGUGGACAGAGAUGCCGUAUCUCAAGGUGGAUACCAUUGCCGCAGACGAGAGCUUCUCCCAGGUGGACUUUGGUGGCAGAUUGAUGAAGGUCAACACUGAGAUCCGUAGUUUUGCGCCGCUGAGCAGGAAUGGAUUUUACUUGGCCUUCCAGGAUUAUGGAGCUUGCAUGUCCCUGCUCUCUGUGCGUGUCUUUUAAAAGUGCCCGAGUAUCAUUCAGAACUACGCCAUCUUUGCAGAGACCAUGACGGGCACAGAGAGCACCUCACUGGUCAUUGCCAAGGGCACCUGCGUGCAGAAUGCUGAGGAGGUUGAUGUGCCCAUCAAACUGUACUGUAACGGUGAUGGAGAAUGGAUGGUGCCCAUUGGGAGCUGCACCUGCAAGGCAGGGUACGAACCAGAAAAGACCACAUCGUGCAGAGCGUGCCAUUCUGGGACUUUCAAGGCAAACCAAGGCAGUGAGAAGUGCAUCCCUUGCCCUGCCAACAGCCGAUCUUUGACCGAGGCAUCCAGCGUGUGCUCCUGCCGUAAUGGAUAUUACCGAGCAGACUUUGACUUGCCCGAGAUGCCUUGUACAAGUGUUCCCUCGGGCCCACGGAAUGUGAUCUCCAGCGUGAACGAGACCUCCAUCAUCCUGGAAUGGCACCCACCGCGUGACGUUGGUGGACGUGACGACGUCAUGUACAACAUCGUUUGCAAGAAGUGCCACAACAACCGCAAGUUGUGCACCCGGUGCGACGAGAAUGUGGAGUUUGUGCCCAGGCAGUACGGUCUGACCGAAACCAGAGUCUUCAUCAGCAGCCUCUGGGCACACACGCCAUACACCUUCGAGAUUCAGGCUGUCAACGGAGUCUCGGGCAAGAGUAUGUUUUCACCACAGCACGUGUCAGUCAAUGUGACCACCAAUCAGGCUGCUCCCUCGACAGUCCCCAUCAUGCAUCAGGUGGGCUCCACGAUGAGCAGCAUCACACUAUCCUGGCCACAGCCUGAUCAACCAAAUGGGAUCAUCUUGGACUACGAGCUGCGAUUCUAUGAAAAGGAUCAGAAUGAGUACAAUUCUUCAGUGGUGAAGAGCCUGACAAACACAGCUCGCAUCGACGGCCUCCGCCCCGGCGUGGUAUACGUGGUACAGGUGCGGGCCAGGACAGUCGCUGGAUUCGGAAAGUACAGCGGCAAAAUGUGCUUCCAAACUCUGACAGAUGAUGACUACAAGUCUGACCUGAGGGAGCAGUUGCCGCUGAUUGCAGGCUCGGCAGCUGCGGGAGUGGUCUUCAUUGUCUCGCUGGUAGCCAUCUCCAUCAUCUGCAGCAGGAAACGUGCAUAUGGCAAAGAGGCUGUGUACAGCGAUAAACUUCAACAUUACAGCACCGGGCGAGGUUCUCCUGGGAUGAAGAUCUACAUUGAUCCAUUCACUUACGAGGAUCCAAAUGAGGCCGUCCGGGAGUUUGCCAAGGAGAUUGAUGUCUCGUGUGUGAAAAUUGAGGAAGUAAUUGGAGCAGGAGAAUUUGGGGAAGUGUACAAGGGCCGUCUCAAGCUAUCAGCGAAGCGAGAAAUCUAUGCAGCGAUUAAAACCCUGAAGGCUGCCUACUCCGAGAAGCAACGGCGGGAUUUUCUGAGUGAGGCCAGCAUCAUGGGUCAGUUCGACCACCCGAACAUCAUCCGCUUGGAAGGAGUGGUCACCAAAAGUCGACCGGUGAUGAUCAUCACAGAGUUCAUGGAGAACGGAGCACUGGAUUCAUUCCUCAGGCAAAAUGACGGGCAGUUCACCGUGAUCCAGCUGGUGGGCAUGUUGCGGGGCAUAGCGGCAGGGAUGAAGUACCUGUCAGAGAUGAAUUACGUGCAUCGUGACCUGGCUGCCCGCAACAUCCUGGUCAACAGCAACCUGGUGUGCAAGGUGUCUGACUUCGGCCUCUCUCGCUACCUCCAGGAUGACACCUCUGACCCCACCUACACCAGCUCUCUGGGUGGGAAGAUCCCCGUGCGAUGGACUGCGCCAGAGGCGAUUACAUACCGCAAGUUCACCUCAGCCAGCGAUGUGUGGAGUUAUGGAAUUGUCAUGUGGGAAGUGAUGUCAUUUGGAGAAAGACCUUACUGGGACAUGUCAAAUCAAGAUGUCAUCAAUGCCAUUGAGCAGGACUAUCGCCUUCCGCCACCCAUGGACUGCCCAGCUGCUUUGCAUCAGCUCAUGCUGGACUGUUGGCAGAAAGACCGUAAUUCCAGACCUAAGUUCGCCCAGAAUGUCAACACCUUGGACAAAAUGAUCCGGAACCCAGCCAGCCUCAAGACCAUGGCCACCAUCACCGCAGUGCCUUCUCAACCCCUGUUGGAUCGUAGCAUCCCUGACUUCACUGCUUUUACCUCAGUAGAAGAUUGGCUCAGUGCAAUCAAGAUGAGUCAGUACAGAGAGAACUUCCUCAAUUCUGGAUUCACCUCACUCCAGUUAAGCACACAGAUGACUUCAGAGGAUUUGCUAAGGAUAGGGGUCACUUUGGCUGGUCACCAGAAGAAAAUUCUGAACAGCAUUCAAUCGAUGAGAGGACAGAUCAGCCAAUCCACUUCAGCCAUGGCAUGACGGUAGGGGAUCAUGGGACGUGACCGAGCAGCACUGGAGGAAAGCAAAACAAAGAGCCAGACUAUUUCUCAUGGCCCACGGAUCAUUCUAAUGAAGGAAACACAUUGUUACUGUCUACCAGACUGAUCCUCAGCCUAUUCAGACACCAUGCAUUCCUGUCCUAAAAACAGUACAGAUUCCAGGUUUAACCGGACAAUUUUUUUAAAAAAAUUAAAAAAAAACUCUGUCUCUUCGUGAAAUAAGGGCCUGUGAAAGUGGAAUCGAAGAAAUAUCCCAAUUUUCCAAAGAACAUGCUGUGCCAUUCUUUGAUGUUUGUUAGAUGCAUUUCUUUAUUUUCAUGAAUGAUUUUCUUCAGAUGUUGGUGCCAAUAGACUGUCCCUUUCCCAAAAAUGGAUUCCAAGUCUUUUAUAUCUUCAUAUUGAAGAUGAUGAGAAGUAAUCAUUCUUUGCUUGCAUUUUCUGCAACUAUGUCUGUGUUUUGAUAGCAAUGACACUAAAUGCUGGCAAAUGUUGAGCCAUCCGCACUUGUACAGAGGGGAAGUCGGUAUUUAUCAUGUGAUCUACUUGCAGCUGGCAGGUCUUGCUGAUCAGAUUCCUUGUUAGCUGUUUUGAUUGACUGUACAGAAAAAGAUGUAAAUCUUUGCAAGUGGUACAAGCGACAGACCUGCUGAUCUUGCUUGACAAGAGAGGUGUUGUUGGACAAUGAUAGGAAGUACCUCUGGUGUCACAUUGCACCUCUCAUCAAUGGACCUUUUAAUUUGUGUGUCAGUACUUGUUGGAAUUACAGUGAUGUCUGUUUAACCCAGUGCUCAGAACGUUGCUGCACCAACUUGCUGGGUAAAGGCAUGGAAGUCAGUGGAAGGAGGUGGGGUAAGGUCAGCCAGGAACACACACCCACAGACUGAAAAGAAAUCCAGAGGCCCAAGGUUGUAUCUAAACUGCCCACCUCCCUUUCUUACUCCUUCAUGACUUUUACACAUUUGUUCCCCCAAAUUGCUCAGGCAUGUUGCGAGCAGCACCCUGUAAAUAUGGAAUGAAAUUCUGUAAAAUUUUUUUUGUUUUGCUUUCCCUGUACAUUUCCUGUUUGUUAUUUGUGUGAAGUACGUUUAAGUUUGUAACAGUUAAGUUUUGGAAAGUAUUGUACUAAAUGCACUCAAUAAAAAUGAA